AGAGCCUCUCUCUCUCUGCAAACGGAGUGAAGCGACCACAUCUCGUCUCUGAUUCCUAUCACACGGCAGACAGUGACAGUCACCAGCCAGAUCUCUGUCAGGAGCUCAGGAAGCAGGCUGCAUUCCAAUUCUUUAAAGGAAAGAAAUCCUCAGGGAGUCAACACAGCUCACACUGGAGAAAAAAAGGAGGGUCUUUCUGUGCUGGCCCGUUCCCUGGUCCUCACCAUCCACCCUGCCUGAGUUUAAGAGGAUAACCACCACCACCACCACCAUCACAAUUCUCCAGGAUGAGGCAUGUAUCUCCGCACUGGCUUAGGGGCGCCUCCCUGCUCCUGCUGCUCCAGGCCGCCACUUCUAUGGUGAUGCUUCCUAACUCCACGGGCUGGGAGCAGAUUCUGGACAAGUAUCUGGACGAGGAUGGGGACUGGUGGGAGGCCAAGCAGAGGGGGAAGAGGGCCAUUACCGACGGUGACGCUCAGCUCAUCCUGGACCUUCACAACAAGCUCAGAGGCCAGGUUUACCCUCCUUCUUCCAACAUGGAGCACAUGGUGUGGGACACAGAGUUGGAGCGCACGGCAGAGGAGUGGGCAGAAACCUGUCUGUGGGAGCACGGUCCUGCCAGUUUACUGCCACAGAUCGGACAGAACCUGGGAGCACACUGGGGAAGGUAUCGCCCACCAACGUUCCAUGUGCAGGCCUGGUAUGAUGAAGUGAAGGACUACUCCUUCCCUUACCCACAGGAGUGUAACCCCUAUUGCCCCUUCAGAUGCUCUGGCCCAGUUUGUACUCAUUAUACACAGCUGGUAUGGGCCACCAGCAGUCGGAUCGGCUGUGCCAUCAACAUGUGUUACAACAUGAAUGUGUGGGGACAGAUUUGGGCCAAAGCCGUCUAUCUCGUCUGCAACUAUUCACCAAAGGGAAACUGGUGGGGGCAUUCGCCUUACAAACAUGGGACCCCAUGCUCUGCCUGUCCUCCCAGCUAUGGAGGAGGCUGCAAGGACAACCUCUGCUACAAAGAUGACAGCUCUUACCCUCCACAAGAGGAAACAGAAGAAAACAAUUUCAUUGAGCCGGAGGCCCCCCAUACUCCCCAGAAGCCCCGGUCUAGGGCCUCCAAGCCCGAGUCCCCCAGUCUCCCCGCUCCAGCCCCCACCAAGCCCCCCACAGAGGACCUGCAGAAGAAUGAAGUGGUCAACACACAGCAGAUGUCCCAGCUUGUGACCUGUGACACUAAGCUCCGAGAUCAGUGUAAAGGAACACCAUGUAAUAGAUAUGAGUGUCCAGCUGGGUGCCUAGAUGCUACAGGAAAAAUAGUUGGGACAGUAUACUAUGAAAUGCAAUCCAGUUUGUGCAGAGCUGGUCUACAUGCUGGUGUCAUAGAUAAUGAUGGAGGAUGGAUGGAUGUAACAAGACAAGGCAGAAAGGACUUUUUCAUCAAAUCCAAUAAAAACGGAGUUCAAUCUCUUGGAAAAUAUCUGAGUGCUAAUUCCUUCACAGUUUCCAGAGUAGCAGUCCAAGCCAUCACAUGUGAAACCACAGUUGCACCGAUAUGUUCAUACCAAAAGCCUGCAAAACAUUGUCCAAGGUUAUACUGCCCGAGAAACUGUUUAGAAGAGAAUCCUCGCAUAUCUAGAGUAAUCGGCACCAGAAUAUACUCAGAUAAGUCAAGUAUAUGCCGAGCAGCGAUCCACGCUGGAGUAAUCAGGAAUGAUGUGGGUGGCUACAUCGAUGUAAUGCCAGUGGACAAGCGGAAACAAUACAUUGCCUCAUACCAAAAUGGCAUUUUCUCAGAGAGCCUUCAAAACCCCCCCGGAGGAAAGGCCUUCCGGGUGUUCGCUGUGAUUUGAGUGGCCCAGAGGGCGUCUUCACCAAACAGAAAGCGCACUUGGGCUGUUGAAUAGGCGAUAAUCAAGCCCCUCAAACUCAAUGACUGAAAUGUUUCUGGCUUUGCUACACUCCAGAGGUUAGAGGUUGUCUCCAUGACAGCGUAAGCCUAGCAAGAAAAACUUGACACAUACACAAUGAGAAGCUGUCAGUACUCACAAGCAGUGAGGGUACAAUUUUUUAUUUUUAGCAGGAGAUUUCUGUAAAUAUGUCUGAAAAUGUUGUUGUACAUAUUUGUAAAUAGUAUCAUACUUGUGUCUUGUGCCAUUACUUUGCCCUUUUAACAAAUAGCUGUGUAUGAAAACUGAUUCUAAAAAUCCUACGAUAUAACAUUAUAAUGGCACUUAAGGAUGAAUCAUUUUUAUUGUAUUAAGUCUGGCACAUUUUUACUGGUGCUCUGGAGAGGUUUCUUCUCAUAUUUUGUACUUUUUUAAUGAUUGGGGAACAAAAUGUCAUGCAUUUAUUUUUAUAUGAUUAUGCUCUAUAUCAAUAUGAUUCAUAAAGGAUGCUGCUAUAUGUUUUUGUUUUUGUAUUACUGUUGUAAUUGCCAGUGGGAUGGGUUUUGUUUAUUUGGUUAUUUUUCCAGAUGAUGUUUAGUUAAAACUCCCUGCCGGUCGGGAAGUAUACUAAUCCCUCAGAGUUGUCAUUAUCUAAACAAAACCUAUACAGUAUGUGCCAGACUUCAUCAUGCAUUGCAUUUUACUGGAUGUCGUUACCCCAUAAAUGUUUUCAGGUCAUAUCCAUCCAUCUCCGUUUGACAUAGAUAAACAAUAUAGAAUAGAACAAUUUUAUUUCAUACAGUAUGUAGAGGAAUCCACACAUAUAUUAGCUCAUAUUUCUCACCAGCUCUCAGUUUUCUUUCAAGCUGCAAUCAAUAUAAUGUUCAGUUCAUUGUAUUUUUUGUCACUGAGUCUAUCUGCAUUAUACGUAUUUUCCUACCUCAGGUUGUUGGGGAAAGUCCAUUUUGCAAUAAAA